GAGAAAAAUAAAUGAAUAAGGAAAAUGGAAGAAAGACAGGCGCGCAACAGCGAACUAAAGAACAGGAAAAUCUACAAAAUAUGGAUUCACACAGCGGUUAACAUGUUCCCCUAACCCUCUUCCUUAAAGAAAACCCACCAACAAAAUCCACCACUUCUCCCUUUUCAACAAAUUCAACUCACAAUAUUGUUUGGGCAACUCUGUGUUCAAACUUUUUUUUCCAGAUGGCCGGAAAAGAAGUCACACCACCGGAAUUUCAUAUACGGGUCCACUCGAGGCGAGGGGCCAAUACGAUCCAUCCAGUGGAGGUGAACACGCCGCCAGUCAUCGCCACUUCCGCCGCCCCAAGUCCUAACACGGUUGCUUACAGAGAAGUAAGGCUUUUUAAGAAAUGGAAGCCCUGGUUGAUUCCUGCCUUUGUUGUAGCCAAUACAGUGAUGUUUGUUAUAACCAUGUAUGUAAAUAAUUGUCCGAAGAAUUCGGUAUCCUGCGUUGCUGGGUUUUUGGGGAGAUUCUCCUUUCAGCCCUUCAAAGAAAAUCCUCUUCUUGGUCCUUCUUCUUCUGCGUUAGAGAAGAUGGGUGCUUUAGAUGUGAGUAAAGUGGUCCACAAACAUGAAGGAUGGCGCCUCAUCAGUUGUAUGUGGUUACAUGGUGGAGUUUUUCAUUUACUAGCCAACAUGCUGAGCCUGUUAGUUAUUGGUAUUCGGCUUGAGCAAGAAUUCGGGUUUGGUAUGUAUCAUGCUGCACAGUCCUCAGUUUUGAAUAUGCCGUGUAAAUUGUUUUUAACCAUGUACUUGUAUAAUUUUGUAUUAUUUUAGCUAGAAUAGUUAUUAUUGAUUUACUAAUGGAUGCAUAUCAUGAAUGCGAAGAUUAAUCCUAUUGAAAUGCUCAUAACCUAUUGUAAUUAUGGAAAAAUGACAUCUGGAAUGUUUGUAUUACAUUGUGGGCCCCUAUUAGCUUAACCUUAUACUUUUUUCUGGGGGGUGAAAUGUAACCUUAUUGUCUAUUAAGUUGAUAACACUAAGACCGUCAUUCUGUUUAUGGUAGCUAAGGCUAUAUUAGUUUAGUAUAAAUCUAUUAUGCAUGAUGAAAAAAGAACCAUCAAUGAUCAACUUUAUAAUAUUAUGAUUUAAGUUGACAUAAUUAUAUAGGUGAUUAAUAGUUUGUAUGCUUGUCUUCUUUCAUUUUUGUAACUGUUUUUGGAACUCAAUACCAAUAUCCUCAAUAUACGUGUUUUCAUGUGUACAUGGUAUAUUUGUCUGUAUGCAGGUAUUUUCAUAGAGCCCCUUCCAACUGCAGGAAAAUAAUAUUUGACUGCCACUUUUAUAGGGAAAUGUGGCAAAUACUCAUCUGCUAGGUUUCAUUCCUACUUUCCAUCCAUAGUAACGGUACAUUAGUCUUUUUUGCAAUUUCAUGAAAACCAGAAAGGAGAAAAAUAAGUUAAGCUGAAAUUAGGCAUGAGCCUACUAGUUAGUGCAACAUUCCUUGGUGAAUCUAGAAAGAAAUUCUGCCCCUUUAUCUAUGCCCUCUUUCUGCACUACAAUGGCACACGCAUGCAUAGGCAAGCGUCUCUCCAUUUUGAAUCUCCUCCUCCAUCUCUGUGAUCAUUGCCCCAACUAUUACUGCCACCAACAUUUUCCUUCCAGUCCCUCCACUCCCACUUCCCCUUCCUCCUUUAUCUCUAGUCACCUUUGUCAUCUGUCCAAUAUAGAACCCUUGAAGACUUCACAACCAUGCCACCCUCUCCUCCUCCACCUCUCAUUCCUUACCCCUAACUACUACCUAUUAAUACCUCUAUCUCGACGUAUCAGUUAAUGGUAUCCAACUUUGAUGUCUACACAGGGAAAGGAAUAAUUAAAAUCCAACCAAAUGAGGGGGUGAAAAAUUGUGUUGUGAGAUUGCAUAAUCAUAUAAUUUGAUGUCAUCUUGUUUUAUUCAUUAGUUAUUGGGUUUGAGUUUGAUCGGGUUAUGGGUGGUAGUAUUUGUCACAAUAGAGAUCAUUUUGCUCCAAAGAAUAACGGUUUAGGAAUUUAGUUCAAUUAUGAAUCAGGCAAA